AUGCCGUCCGCUCGCAACGGAGUACGAAAUAACCACUACGACGAGGAUGAUGAGGUAGCAUAUGAAAGUGAGUAUGCAAAGUCGCGGUCGAGCACGGUUGAGCGUCUUGCCGAUGAGUUUGGUUCUCGGUUGAGUUUGGCAGAUGAUGUUCCUCAAAAUUCCAGAAAUGCUCGCCCUGUUCAGAAACGGCCAUGGACUCCGGGGCCCCGCGAUUCUAGAACUGAGCAACGUCUCUUCUCGGAGCGGAUCACUGAAGGAAUAAAUUUUGAGAAAUAUGAUGAGAUUCCGGUUAGCACUGCCGGUUAUGAGGUGCCAGCCCCGAUUGGAACUUUUGAGGAAUCGACUCUCCACCAGGGAGUAAAAUGGAUCUUGAAAGAGCUGGCAAAGUAUAACAAGCCAACGCCUGUUCAGCGAUACGCCAUCCCCAUUUCUUCUGCUGGCCGAGAUCUUAUGGCUUGUGCACAAACUGGCUCGGGCAAGACAGCAGCCUAUCUGCUGCCAAUUAUUAGCAACCUAUUCUAUGAUGGGCCAGGUGGCGAAAGAGGCCCGAGUGCCCUCAUCCUGGCUCCGACGAGAGAACUGGCGAUGCAAAUUCACCAUGAAGCGAAGAAGCUCACGUAUCGAUCAUUUGUAAAAGCCGUUUGCGUCUACGGCGGUCAAGGAGCGCCCACCGUUUCUGACCAGGCCUACCAAAUGCAGGAUGGAUGUGAUUUGUUAAUUGCUACCACUGGGCGCCUCAUGGACCACUUGGAGCGUGGAAAUGUUACCCUGACAAAUUGCCGGUAUCUGGUAUUGGACGAAGCGGACAGGAUGUUGGACAUGGGCUUUGAAAUCGACGUCCGGACGAUUGUGCAAGAUGCUGAUAUGCCCGAGGAACAUCAGACAGCCCUGUUCUCUGCAACGUUCCCAAAGGAAAUCCAGAUGAUGGCAACUGACUUUUUGAACGAUUACAUAUUUCUGACGAUUGGUCAAAUUGGGUCGACGACCAGCGACAUAAAGCAAAUCGUCAUGAAUGUCCCUAGACAUGCGAAACGAAGGGAGCUCGUUCGCCUUUUGCAAGCGGAUAAACAAGAAGCAAUCCGUAAUCAACCUCUUCGCUACCUUGUGCUGAUAUUCGUUGCCACAAAAAGAGAAGCCGCAGCGAUCUCUUACCACCUUGAAAGCGAGGGCUUUCGGGCUGGAACCAUCCAUGGUGACCUAACUCAGUCACAACGGGAGCAGGCUCUCGCUGCGUUCAAAAGUGCAAAAAAGCCUAUUCUCGUUGCAACCGAUGUGGCCCAGAGAGGACUGGACAUCCCAAAUGUCAUGCAUGUCAUCCAGUACGAUUUGCCAAACCAAAUUGACGACCAUGUUCACCGAAUUGGUCGUACUGGACGUGCAGGCAACCUGGGGAAAGCCACAGCGUUCUGGAAUCCAGACAAUUUCGCAAUUACUCGCGAUUUAGUGAAGAAAUUGCAAGAGAAUAAGCAAAUAGUCCCGGAGUUUUUACGUGGUGGUGGUGGUGGUGGUUUUGGUGGUGGUGCCAGUCAGUCAGGAGGCGGAAGUUCUUCCCGCAGUUUUGGCUGGUGA